GUAGCAAAUCAGCGAGAACUUUCUUCUAGGCCACGCCCCACGCGGAUCUCGGAGUCCUGGCAACGGCGGCGCCUGCGGGCUGGGGCCCAGGCCUGGCGGCGGGAGAUGCCCGGGCGAACAGGGCCGGCGCCAUGCUUAAGGCCAAGAUCCUGUUCGUGGGGCCUUGUGAGUGGAACAAAAUAAAAAUGCUAUCACUCUGCACAGAGCGGCAAAACUGUCCUGGCUAACUUCCUGACGGAGUCCUCUGACAUCACCGAGUAUAACCCAACGCAGGGUGUGAGGAUCCUGGAAUUUGAGAACCCCCAAGUAACUAGCAACAACAAAGGGACAGGGUGUGAGUUUGAGCUGUGGGACUGCGGAGGAGAUAGAAAGUUUGAAUCGUGCUGGCCCGCCCUCAUGAAGGAUUCUCAAGGGGUGGUGAUCAUCUUCAAUGCUGACAUCCCCAGCCACCUGAAGGAGAUUGAAAUGUGGCAUUCCUGCUUCGUGCAGCAGCAGCUGCUGCAGGACAAUCAGUGUCUCCUAAUUGCGCACCACAAGCCAGGCUCUGGAGUGGACAAGAGCAGCCUGUCUUUGGCCGCACCUCUAAACAAACUGAAACUGGUCCACUCCAACCUGGAGGAGGAGCCUGAGGAGAUCCGCGUGGAAUUCAUCAAGUACUUGAAAAGUAUCGUCAGUUCAGUGUCUGAGAGCAGAGAUCGGGAAGAGAUGUCAAUCAUCACCUAACCUGACCAUCACUCCUUCUUCACAUGAGAAGACUUGCCGUCAUCUUGGGUGCGCCUGAAAGCCGCCUUCUGCCCACCCCAUGCCCAGGUUUGAAAUCUCUCUGAAGGCACCAAGAUCUGCCGAGAGGUUGGGCUUCCUCUGCUGGAAGUCGGUGACUGUCCGGAUACCGACUAUGAAUACCGACUAUGAAUACCGACCGUUGGUGAAUUUGUCCGUUUCUUAUAUUGUCAGAAACCUGUCAAGUCAGGCUUAGUUUUGUUUGUUUAAUUUUUGUUUCUUCUGAAAUGUUAUUGCUAUUGUUCAGCGAUCAAUCUGUCCCUCAGGAUGGUUGCUGUGGAUGUGUAAUAAUCAAAUGUGUUGUCUUCUCAAUAAUAAGCGUAAUGGAAUGUUUAUUUUUAUAUAGAAUUCCAUAAUGUUAUGAAAACUCUGCUAAAUGGAUUAGGGGCUUCAAGGCCAGUUAUUAGAAAUAAGAGUUUCAUCAACAUCAGGGCAAUUUCAUCCUUACCAAACUGCUGCUUCCCAUAAAAGGGAAGCUAUAUUUUCAUAUCACCUAAUUUGUGAAAAACGCUAAAGGAUUCAUAUCCAAAGGUUAUAAAGGCAUGUGGCUUUCAAUUCAUUGAAUAAGCAAAUUUUCAUGUUUUUUGAGAUGGAUUUUUCUUUUUCCCUACUGCCUUUAUAACUGUCUUAAAUAUUGUCAUAUGUAACUAGUCAGAAAUAAACUAUCAGUACAUAUAGCUUAAAACUAUAGCUCCAUUCAUGUGUGUGUACAUAUAAACAGACGAAUGUACACGUAUCUCAUACACAUGCACAUAGACACAUUAUAGUAAAAAAAGAACGACUUUUGCAGCUUCAGUUUCCUUGUCUGUAAAAUUAGGAAAAUGCUAACACCUAUAUUCCAGGGUAUUUGUGAGGCUCAAAUGUGAUAACAUGUAACGAUCAAAUGAGAACAUACAUAAAACACUUUGCAAAACUUAAAAAGUGUCACAUAAAUGCUGAUUGUUAUGGAUAAAUGUGAAUAAAUUGAAGUCAGUUAAUCAAAUAUUAAGUACCUUCUAUGUGCCAGACAUGAAUUUUAUUCUUAAAAUUAGGUUAAGAUAGAGAUGACUUCAAUCAAAUAUUAAGCACCUUCUAUGUACCAGAUAUAAAUUUUAUUCUUAAAAUUAAAAUAGAGAUGUGGGAAAUCUCAUGUCUAUCACCAGCUGUUUCAGACCCUUAGUUUCAGAUCCACAUUGUCUCUAUGAUAAUGCCUUCUCCACUGCCUUAGCUUCUACAUGUUCAAAAGUGGACUCAUCCUCUUCCUCCCCACAUUGUCCCUAUCCCCUAUGUACACCUGGCUGUCAUGUUCCAUUGCUUAUAGCUCUGUGACAUCUCCUGUAACUCUUCCCUUCUCUCCAUUCCCUCUGCCACCAUCCUAGUUCAGGUCUUCAUCUUCUCUGUAUUCAUUUAUUCAAAAAAACCAUAUUUGAGUGACUAUGCUGAAUAUCCUCAACCCCAAAGAUAAGGUAUAUGAUCCCUUUCUUCCCAGAACUAGACUGUUGAAUUAAUUUCCUCUCUGGCUUAGACUAUAACAUCAGAUCAUCAUGCUGUUUCCAGCUUAAUGUUUCUGGCACCUGCAGGGCUUUGUAACCCCUCUGUUUAGAAGCCUUUAGUACUUCCACAUUUUCUAUUAAAGUCCAGAUUUCUUUACUUGGAAUUCAAGGCACUCUUGACAUUUGGCCCUGAAGCUCCUUAUCAGCUUUGCUUCCCACUACUCCUUCAGUUGCCCUACAAUCUGAAGCCCCUUCCUGUCUCCACACCUUUGCUCCCAUUUGUACUGCCUAGAAUCCCCUUUCUCUAAAUCUCCACUGUCCAAUCCAUUUGUCACCCAGUUCCAAUGCUUCCACUUUUCUGCAGCUUGCCAUGAAAUCACUAAAGGAACAGGUUUGAGCUUCCAAGUAUUUUGGUUUGUUAAAUGAUGUAUGCCAAAAAACUAAGAAAGUCUUCCUCAGCUUAGGGUUGGACCCUACAUACAGGAGGAAACAAAUUUUUAUACAUUAAAAAUGUCACCUAAAAGGAAACAAAACAACACUAGGUAAUUUGAUUUCUAAUUGGAGAGAAGAUUAGGGACUUGAGCGUUGGGAGGGGGAGAACAAACGGGUACAGUUUCCCGAAAUAUCCCAUUCCCCCAAGUGUCAGUAGCAAUCAAAGGAAAAUGGAAGCAAUAACUGAUGAGUACUGGACCAGUUUUCAGAGAAGAUGUGGUUUUGCUUGAGAUGUACAAUUGUGAGAAAGCUUGAGUUACUCUGGAUCCAACUGGUUUCUGAUCUGCAUAAGUUACAUCCUUGGUUAAGGGUCUCUAAAUAAGAGGUGUGGAGGUGGUCCAACUUCCAGGACUGCGCUCAAAAAAGGCAAUAAGGUUUUCUCCCAAUUUCCACAAUUGACUAGUUACAAGAUGGAGUCAGUGGGGUCCUCUCAAUUCCCACUUGCUGUCCCCUUCAAUUUCUUCACAUGAUCCUCGGCUAAAAAGGAAUCUGCCUUUCUCUGAACACUUGGGAUCCUAGAUCUGGAGCUAGAUGCAAGUGCAGGGUCCGUCCAAGGCAGAUGCUGGGAAUGGACCCAAGGAUGCUCAACAAUGUAGUCAGGUCGUGGAAGUGGUGUCCGAAGCAGGAUUUGAAAUUAAAUGUUUUCCUGGUCCUCAUCUCACUGCUAACACCUUAGAUAGGAAAUGCUGUGAGGGCAAGGGGUUUCCUUCCCCCAAAGUGCUUUACACAUGGUAGGCACUCCCAAGUAUCCCAGUUUUUGAAGACUGGGACCAAAGAACUAAAGAGAAUAUCAUUUCUCUUCAGCACUAUUUAUAUAAGGGGGGGUGGACCAAAGAAUUCAAGAGAACCCCAUAUGUAUUAUCUUUGUUUGGGUAAUAGGGUGGACCAAAGAACUAAAGAGAAUCUAAUUUCACAAUAAAUUGAGCAGAUCCAUCCAUUUGUAAGUGGCCAUUUUCUUUUCAUCAGCUAGUCCCCCGGCUAGAUUUUUCAUGAUUUGCCAAUUGAGCUGUCACUUCUGACAACUAAUUGGAUCUAAUUGCUCUUUUAGAGUACCGUAAUUACAGCCAGCAUUGUGUAAUCAUAAAGGAAAAUUUCACCCAGGUCUUAUUGUUGUGUCAAUCAACAGUGACUAUUACUUAAGGAAUGAGGACCAAGA